AGUUCUGCACAUAAGGUCUAUCAGAUCGGUUGCUCAUCAGUGAAUGAUCAGUUGUUAUAGCACAUUGUGCUCAGAGUGUGUGUUCGAUUUGUGAAAUAAUAGGGCUUUGUUGAGUAUUUGUGCUGUAUUGUAGUGUAUAGUGUGUCAAAAUAAUAAAUUGCACAAAAUGCAGAAUAUAAAUUUGAGCAAAUCUUACCAAUGCUUUCGACCCAGAGUAAUUUGUACUCAGCGACACUUGCUACUUUCAUUAUUAGAUAAUCGAAUCCAAAGUAUUAAAUAUUUGCGUCGAAAUUAUGCCACAGUGGAAGAGAUUUUCCCUAAUAAACCAGAUUUCGCUUCGCGUCACAUUGGGCCACGGAAAACGGAUGUCGUUACAAUGCUGAAUUCAAUAGGAUUCAAGUCAUUGGACGAGCUCUCGGAAAAAGUAAUUCCAACUGCAAUAAAAUUCAAACGGAUUCUGAACAUUGAAGACCCAUUGAAUGAACACGAGCUUAUCGAUAGAAUACGAGCCAUAGCAAAUAAAAACGAAGUUUGGAGAUCAUACAUCGGUAUGGGCUACUACAACUGUUUGGUACCUCAUCCAAUUUUGCGUAACAUUUUCGAAAAUCCCGGUUGGACUACCCAAUAUACACCAUAUCAGCCUGAAAUAAGUCAAGGCCGGUUGGAAUCAUUAUUAAAUUUCCAAACAUUGGUAACGGAAUUGACAGGACUUGAAAUAGCAAAUGCUUCAUUAUUAGAUGAAGGUACGGCUGCUGCAGAAGCCAUGAGUCUCUGUCACCGACACAAUAAACGUAGAAAAAUAUUUAUUUCACGGAAGCUUCAUCCACAAACAGUAGCAGUAGUUAGAACCCGCCUUGAGGUUCUUAAAGUAGAGGUACUAGUAGGUUCAGUAAAAGAAAUAGAUUUUGCAGAUCAUGAUAUUUCCGGCAUUUUGUUGCAAUAUCCAGACACGUUUGGAGAUGUGCAAGACUUCGAGCAAGUUUCAGCUGAUUGUAAAAAAAACGGUACACUGGUUGCUGUAGCAACAGAUCUACUAGCGUUGACUUUACUGAGACCCCCGGCUGAGUUUGGAGCAGAUAUUGCAAUAGGAUCAGCACAAAGACUAGGCGUGCCUUUAGGCUACGGUGGUCCACAUGCCGCAUUUUUCGCUUGUAGACAAAAGUUGACUCGACUUAUCCCGGGUAGAAUGAUUGGGGUUACUAGAGACAUGGAUGGCCAAGAUGCUUAUAGACUUGCGCUGCAAACUAGAGAGCAGCACAUUCGGAGAGAUAAAGCAACCAGUAAUAUUUGCACCGCCCAAGCAUUACUAGCUAAUAUGUCUGCGAUGUACGCAAUCUAUCAUGGUCCAGAAGGAUUGAAAGGGAUAUCAAACCGAAUUCAUAACUGUGCCCUAGCUGUGAACGCUGGUUUGAAAAAAGCAGGCCAUGAACAGUUGAAUAAAGCAUUUUUUGAUACGUUACACGUCAUUCCUCACGGAAUGAGUACAACCGAAGUCAAGGCACGAGCUGAGGCGAAAAAGAUUAACCUACGAUACUUCGACGAUGACUCCAUAGGAAUAGCAAUGGAUGAAACAGUCAAAACAUCUGAUAUUGCCGAUUUACUAUGGGUAUUCAACUGUCCAGACAUUGAAACGACGCUUGCUGACUUAGCGUCUAAUACUAUGUCGAUUCAUAGAACCCAAUUUAAACGAACAUCCCCUUUUCUAACUCAUCCCAUUUUCAACAAACAUCACAGCGAGUCUCGUAUGGUUCGCUACAUGAAACAAUUAGAAAAUAAAGACAUUUCAUUAGUACACUCAAUGAUACCUUUAGGGUCAUGUACUAUGAAACUUAAUUCCACGACAGAAAUGAUUCCGUGUUCAUUUCGACAAUUCACAGAGAUUCAUCCAUUUGCACCUCUAGAACAAGCCAAAGGAUAUAAACAAAUGUUCAACGAACUAGAAAAAGACCUAUGUGAAAUCACGGGAUACGAUAAAUUUUCAUUUCAGCCGAACAGCGGCGCUCAAGGAGAAUAUGCGGGCCUAAGAGCAAUCAGUUCCUACCAUGAAUCUCGUGGCGAAGGCAAUAGAACGAUUUGUUUGAUUCCGAACAGUGCUCAUGGUACGAAUCCAGCAUCUGCACAGAUGGCCGGUAUGAAAGUGCAAGCAAUUCGUGUGAACAAUAGCGAUGGUACUAUUGACACCGUCCAUUUGAAGGAAAAAAUUGAAGAACAUUCCAAUAACUUGUCUUGUUUGAUGAUCACUUAUCCCUCCACUAAUGGCAUCUUUGAAGAUAAUGUUGUUGAAGUAUGUGAAAUGGUUCAUAAACAUGGUGGACAGGUAUAUUUAGACGGAGCAAAUAUGAAUGCACAAGUUGGACUAUGUCGACCAGGUGACUUCGGAAGCGAUGUUUCUCAUUUAAAUUUGCAUAAAACGUUCUGUAUUCCACAUGGUGGAGGUGGACCGGGAAUGGGUCCAAUUGGCGUGAAAGCUCAUUUGGCUCCUUUUCUUCCCACCCAUCCAGUCAUUGAUCCAUUAGGUGGGUGUGAAAAUAAAAGCUUUGGAGUUGUCAGCGCUGGACCAUAUGGAAGCUCGUCCAUACUACCGAUAUCGUGGGCAUAUAUAAAGCUAUCCAAUCACUCUUACAUUAGUGCUAAAUCAAACAAAACAGGGUUAUGUUGAAUACAACACAUUACUUAUAAACAAAACUACAAAUUCUGGCUAUUUCCAAAAAAUAUUUAUUUGUUUUCAUGUCUCCUAAACGUGGAGCUAUGGCUACAUAACUGAAUCUAAGAUGAUUCGGCCACAUAGCCUGCGAGUUCACCGCAGACCCGCUGUCGGAAGCACCGACCUCUCACAAACAAACCAGUAACCGCCUCGUUUGCCAGGUCUACGUUGUGGCUGAGAGUUGAUUAAAACAUGAACUUCCAAGAUUAAGAUUAGGAUUAACUUUAUUUGAAUAAAUUCGUUUACUUAUAUAGUCUAUUCUCUCCUAGCCUAGCUAAUUAGUUUCUUACAAUUAGGAUCUCUGAGAAUCCGGGAGGAGGAGUUAGAACGCGCAAUGUAAAUCGGGUUUAACCAAUGGGACUCGUUGUAUCGUAUCGGCCAUUGUAUAUUUUGUGGGUAAGAGAGUGAGUGAAGCUUCUUGAUGAGCAUGAGCGGGUGUGAUACGGAGAGGAGAGGGCGAUGGCAUGUUGGGUUAUUCUCGUGAGUGUCGGUUUGAAUUAGUGUGUGUUCUUGAGUUACUGUUAUUCUAGGUAGUGUUGACUUGUAUCGAUUGUGGGACAUGAGAGACGUGAAGAAGAGGGAAGUGACACAGGCUGUUGUGUUUUUGUUUUCUGUUUUAUUUCGAUGAUAUAACGAUUUGAAACUUGAUGCUUCCUUGUUGCUGUAGUCGAAUUUUAUGGCCACUGCGUUUUUUCGCUGGGUCACCGGAAAGUGCAAGUGUUGACAUUUUAGUCGGCUUCAUGUAGGUAAUGUUUUUAUUUUAUGUAGGUUUCUAGGUUUUCGUGGAAGGGUGCUUUUACGGGUUUUUGUUAAGUACUUGUAGUCUGGGGUGUGUGAAAGAUUUAGUCUUAAAUAUUCAUAUUACAUGGUCUGGGAUGUGUGAGGAGAUUUAGUGUUAA